CGGCUGAUAAAAUAUUAAUGACUAUUUUGACUAUUGUAUUAGCAAAGAAAGAUUUAUUACCAAUUCCAAUCGCCGCUGUGAUAUUGGGACGCGACGUAGGAUUGAUUUUCGCAUCGUUUUAUUAUCGAUAUAUCUCACUGCCACCUCCGAAAACAUUAGGGAGAUAUUUUGACAUGUCAAUUCCAUCCGCAGAAGUAAGACCAACACUAAUUAGCAAGGUAAAAGAAACAAAAUAUGCGCGUCUGUAUGUCGAAAGAUUUAACACAUUUGAUCCGGUUUUUGGAUGGACGGAUGCUCAAGCUUUAAUAGCAUUACAAUAUACUGUUGCCGCAACAACAAUAUGGACUGGAUUAAGCUACACAUUUUCUAAAGAUGCUGUAAGGAUUUUAAAACCACCUGUUAGAUAUAAGAACAAAUAA